AUGGAUCCAUUUGUUAGGGAAGGCUUGUUGAGAUUAUCUCCUUCUCAUCAUGGGAUGCUGUUUGCUACAUAUUACUUGAUCGACUUUCUUUCGCUGGCAGCGCUCUGUGCUGCCAUGGCGAUGGAGGUUGGAAGACGGCAAGGAACUUCUGAUCGGUUUCAGAUGGUGAGAGUGCUUGCAGCAGCCUAUAUUUGGCGUUUGAUGCAGUGUACAAUGGGGCAAAACAAGGUCCCUCCCCUCUAUUAUCUGCGAGAGGUUCUCCCAUUCUAUGACCUCCCCAUUACUCUACUCAUUAUUGCUGCUUUUUACAACGCCACUCCUGGAUUUGUCCAAUCCCCAGAGGCUGAAUUACUUCUGGCUGCUGCAUUUCUUCUCUGGUUCAUUACAUAUGUGUCCGAGGUAAGGAAACUGAGACGGGGUAUCAGCCCCACCCAAGGCUCUUCUUUCAGCACUGAGUUGCUUCAUCAACAGAAUAAUGAUGCUGCUAAUAAUUCAAUCUCUUAUACCGCCGACUCUAGCCAAUGGGAAACACUGGAUCCUAUUGAUGUUCAAGUUACUGACCACUUCGCCUUCAUCCUCCUGGCAGCGCUAUGUGUUGAUUUACUGCUCCAGCUUGAAAGCCUAAAGGGGACAUGUGAACUGUUUUACAUAGUCAUGUUGCUUGGAGCAUUAAAUUUUUCCCGUCUUAUGCCGUCGUUGCAUAGGCCAGCGAAAUUAAAGGUAUCUCUCGUCUGUCACCUACAAAAGGUUCUCCUAUCUGCUAACCUCCCCAUCACUGCAGCUGUUACUGUUUUCUACACCAUCGUUCGCACAUUUUCCAAAACCUUGUUCCUUGCAUUAUCUCUGGAGUUAGUUCUUCUGGCCUUGACCCAUAUGUUUAUCCCCGAAAGAGUGGAAUUCAACAAAACCAAGGUGAGCCAUUUGUUCCCUUCUCUUAACAAUUAUAUUCCUUAG